AGCAGUGGAAGAUGCCGGCUCUGCCAGCGCUGCUGCUGUCGAUUCACUUUGUCCUCUUGUUGCUGAGCAAAGCCCCGCCCUCCCGCAGCCAGGCCCCGGUGCUGUCCUCUGUCAGAAUGGCGGCGAUCCUGGAUGACCAGUCUGUGUGUGGGCGAGGGGAGCGCUUGGCUCUGGCUCUGGCUCGUGAGAACAUCAACAGUGUGAUGGAGGGCCCGGCUCGGGCCCGUGUGGAGGUGGACAUCUUUGAGCUGCAGAGAGAUUCUCAGUACGAGACCACGGACACCAUGUGUCAGAUACUACCGAAGGGCGUGGUGUCAGUCAUCGGCCCAGCCUCGAGCCCUGCCUCCGGCUCCACUGUCAGUCACAUAUGUGGAGAGAAGGAGAUCCCUCAUGUGAAAAUUGGUCCCGAAGAGACCCCAAGACUUCCAUACCUGCGCUUUGCCUCGGUCAGUCUGUACCCCAGCAACGAGGACCUCAGCCUGGCUGUCGGGGCCAUCUUGCGCUCCUUCAGCUACCCAUCAGCCAGCUUGCUCUGCGCUAAGGCCGAGUGCCUCCUGCGACUGGAGGAGCUGGUGCGACGCUUCCUCAUCUCCAGGGAAACGCUGUCUAUCAGAAUGCUUGAUGACAACCUGGAUCCCACCCCCUUGCUCAAGGAGAUCCGUGACGACAAGGUGGCGACCAUCAUCAUUGACGCCAACGCCUCCAUCUCCUAUCUCAUCCUUAAAAAGGCAUCAGAGCUGGGGAUGACAUCGGCAUUUUACAAGUACAUUCUCACUACUAUGGAUUUUCCCCUGCUCAGGUUAGAUGACAUUGUGGAUGACCAGUCCAACAUUGUGGGCUUCUCCAUGUUCAACACCAGCCACCCAUUUUACCUGGAGUUCAUCAGGAGCCUCAACCUGUCAUGGAGAGAAGGUUGUGACAUUAGUCCCUACCCCGGGCCUGCGCUGUCGUCAGCCCUGAUGUUUGACGCAGUCCACGUAGUGGUGGGCGCCGUGCGUGAGCUGAACCGCAGCCAGGAGAUUGGGGUGAAGCCCCUUAGCUGCACCUCGCCGCAGAUCUGGCAGCACGGCACCAGCCUGAUGAACUACUUGCGCAUGGUGGAGUACGAUGGGUUGACUGGGCGAGUGGAGUUCAACAGCAAAGGCCAGAGAACAAAUUAUACUCUUCGCAUUCUGGAGAAACACAGAGGAGGUCACAAAGAGAUUGGGAUAUGGUACUCCAACAACACAUUGGCAAUGAACUCCACCACACUGGACAUCAAUGUGUCUGAAACUCUGGCCAAUAAGACCCUCAUCGUCACCACCAUUUUGGAGAACCCCUAUGUGAUGCGUAAAGACAACUACCAGGACUUCCAGGGCAACGACCAGUAUGAGGGUUUUUGCGUGGAUAUGCUGAAAGAGCUGGCCGACAUUCUGAAGUUCUCCUUCCGGAUCAAGCUGGUGGACGAUGGGCUGUACGGGGCUCCAGAGCCCAAUGGUUCCUGGACUGGCAUGGUGGGAGAGCUCAUCAACCGGAAAGCAGACUUAGCCGUGGCAGGUUUCACCAUCACGUCAGAGAGGGAGAAAGUCAUCGAUUUCUCCAAACCCUUCAUGACGCUCGGAAUCAGUAUCCUCUACAGGGUCCAUUUGGGACGGAAGCCAGGCUACUUCUCCUUCUUGGACCCCUUCUCACCAGCCGUGUGGCUCUUCAUGCUCCUGGCGUACCUGGCUGUCAGCUGCGUGCUCUUCCUGGCUGCACGACUGAGCCCAUAUGAGUGGUAUAACCCCCACCCCUGUCUGCGGGAGCGCAGGGACAUGCUGGAGAACCAGUACACCCUUGGCAACAGUCUGUGGUUUCCUGUGGGCGGCUUCAUGCAGCAAGGCUCGGAGAUCAUGCCCCGGGCACUGUCCACGCGUUGCGUCAGUGGGGUCUGGUGGGCCUUCACGCUGAUCAUAAUCUCAUCCUACACGGCCAACCUGGCUGCCUUCCUCACUGUGCAAAGGAUGGAGGUGCCCAUCGAGUCCCCGGAUGACCUUGCCGACCAGACCAACAUCGAGUAUGGCACCAUUCACGGAGGAAGCACCAUGACCUUCUUCAUGAAUUCUCGUUACCAGACAUACCAGCGCAUGUGGAAUUACAUGCAGUCCAAGCAGCCCAGCGUCUUCGUGAAGAGCACCGAGGAGGGUAUCGCUCGUGUCCUCAACUCCAAGUACGCAUUUCUGCUGGAGAGCACCAUGAACGAAUAUCACCGCCGCCACAACUGCAACCUCACCCAGAUCGGAGGCCUGCUGGACACCAAGGGCUAUGGCAUUGGCAUGCCGUUGGGCUCUCCGUUCAGAGACGAGAUCACCCUGGCCAUCUUGCAGCUUCAGGAGAACAACCGGCUGGAGAUCUUGAAGCGGCGCUGGUGGGAGGGGGGGCAGUGCCCCAAAGAGGAGGACCACCGGGCCAAGGGCCUUGGGAUGGAAAACAUCGGGGGCAUAUUUGUGGUGCUCAUCUGUGGCCUGAUCAUUGCUGUGUUCGUGGCCAUAAUGGAGUUUGUGUGGUCAACACGCCGCUCGGCCGAGACAGAGGAGGUACGCCCCCACCCUCGCCCCGGCCGAAUUCACAGACCCACCCCAGUGUCAGUGUGCCAGGAGAUGCUGACAGAGUUUCGGAACGCCAUCUCCUGUAAGAAGAGCUCUCGCUCGCGGCGACGCCGACCUUUGACAGGUUCCGGGGGGCCCCGCCACCCCACGCGCCUCUCUCUGGGGGCCCCACGGCCUCUCAGACUGGUUCGGGAGAUGCGUCUAAGCAAUGGAAAGCUCUACAGCGGCUCAGGGCCCCUGACUGGCGGAGCUGGGGCUGGGGGGGGUCCCUCGGACAUGGGGCCGGGGCCACAGCGACUGCUGGAGGACCCACUGGGGGCCAACACGACACCUCCGCCUCCGCCAGCCCCUACAGUGCCCCCACGGGGCUGCACGCACAUCCGUAUCUGUCAGGAGUGCAGGCGGAUUCAGAGCCUGAGAUCCACUUCCUCCCGCAUUCCUCCUUCGUCUGCCCCCCUGCCCCGCCUCCCCCCGCCGCCACCCCCCUCCUCCUCCAAUACUGACAGUGAGGGUGGGGGAGGGCCCAGCCCACGCCGGCUGCAUCAUACCCCCCCGCCACGCCCACUGCCCCCCACACAGACUAGUACCAGCACUGACCUACUGGGGGAACAGGACUGAGGCUGGGGAUGGAGGAGGGAGGAGCUCUGUAGGGACAUGCACUGCCUACGGACGGACUUCCGAAUGCUGUCCUCUGGAGGACAGCCCUGACUAAGCUCCAGGCAAAGAGGAUGAGAGACAGAGAGUGUGAGAGUGAGAGUGUAGGGAGAGGCAAAGACAGAGAUGGAAAGCCUAACAGAAAGGGCUUUCCAUCUCUGGGCAUAAUGAACAUCAAGCGUUACUGGAGAUGAAGACUGAGAAACCACACACUCGUGGCUCGCUCACCCCAGAGCGCCUGGAGGACUUCGGCAAACAGCGACGAGAGGCAUGGGAUACGUCCAGCUAUGCUCCCGCCGACUUUCCAAAACCCCGAGCCCGGCCACGCUCCGCAGCCCUGGCUGUGCCCUUCAGCUGCUUAUUUUUACCGAUUAAUAACCCUUGGGGCGUCACAGAAACAGAGCGUCGCCCAGCGGCGGAGGGAUUGGGCGUUUGGAAAUGCAAGAAUUCCCGCCUCCCACAUCUGUCUGAGGUCGUGGUUCAGCUUCUGGAGUCAGUUUGCUUGAGUAAUAACAGGCACUAUGUGGUUAUCAGGUUUCAGAGGCGAUAACCCAUAGAGAAGUGAGGGUGUCCAUCUUGCUAAGAUGCUGUUGGCCUUGUAAGUGCGUAAAGAAGACUCCUGCCUUACUCACUGCUACAGUGGGAAAAGAUGCCCACAGGACUGUGGACGUGUGACGCACCUCAGGGGCAGAGAUCAUGCCUGCAGUGGGAGUAAACUGUGACCCAGAACGCACCACCUAACAGCGCCCAGACUUGAACAUAUGUGACAUAGACAAAAAAGGAGAAAAACCCAUUAGACUGGAAAAUAUUUUUUUCUGUCUUUCUUUCAUUCUUUGUUUUUUCCUGUCUUAGUUUCUUUCUUGGUUACUGUUCUUUCUCCAGUUACUGCUAUUCUGGGAGAAAUGUGCCGAAUGAAACAUCUGGAGUGAGAGCUGUGGAUGGAGGGGGUGCAUGGCGUCUGCAGCCAUUUCUGAAAAAGGUGGUUGUUGAGCUCUAGAAAUGCCCUGGCUUACUUGACACCCAGAGGGCCUCUAUGAUAGUAUUUGUUUAGAUUGAUGAUGUUUGCCAAUUAAACUACUGGACAUGAACACAGGUAUGUUUGGAGCACUGGGGUCCUGGGUGAUGUGUUCAGUUCUGUGCCUAUGUGCGUAUGCUUGGAAGACUGGAGAAUGUGUACCUGGGUAGGAUGCAGAUUUGAGUUGGGUUGAUGCGUUUUGCACACCUUGACCCCACUCAAGAAUUCCCCUGAGACAAAGCCUUGCUCAUAGCAGACUGGAUUUUGUGCUGGUCAGGCUGGUCAUAAGAUUGCUUAGCUAGUAGACUCUCUGAGUCAGUUUCAUUAUCAGCUGGUUUACCAGCUUUAUGAGGUUAGUGGAAACAUAAUCAAGCCGGUGGUCCAAAUUAGUGAAGAUG